AUGGUUAUUUGUUUCCAUAUACAAAUUCUAGUCGUCACAUCUCAUUAAAACUCAGUGGUAUCAGUCAUCUUGACGUUAGAAACGAUUAUUUAUCCAACCAUGGUAUAGUGAAGGGCCAUACAAUGGUUAUGCUUACUUCUUGGGCACGAGGUAUAGAAAUAAAAAGAAAAUUUGAUCAUUUAUAGAAAGCUUAUCUACAAGAUCAAAAAUGCUUGAUAGAGACAGAUCGACUCCACAGAUUUCAACAGAUUCUGUUCCAAACUAUGAACCGAUUGACCGAUGGAACGAUUGAUGAGAUCAUCAGCUACGUAGAAGAAAUCUAUAAAUAUCGAAAGUCUAUCAUCUCGAAUAUUAUGACUCCAUUCUCUCAAAUGUACAGUACUGGUACGAAUUGAACUCAUCGAUCAACUUAAAGAACAACGUAGAUAAUUCGAUCUUUGUCAAUUAUAUUUUAAAUUCUUAUCGAAGCCAAUUUUUUUUAAAUGGAGCUUGCAAAGUAUUUUACAAUAUGCGUAUUGUGCUCUGUUAGCAAACAUAAAGGAUUCUUAAUUUCUGUGAAUGCCUUCGAGGAGAUUUUUAAGGAUCUUAGCAAUUUACAAUAUAGCGGUUUUUCUAAGUUUGAAGAAAAUAUUAUCUUAGGGUUUAUUAAUCAAUUUAGAGAAAUUCCGUCAGAUUCUUCGAACAUGAAGGAACUAGUGUGGAGUGAAGAUUUGGCAAAAAUAGCUAAGGAUUGGGGAGAUAAAUGUACCUUCGAAUCCGAUCCUAAAAGUUACCUACAAAAUAUCAGUCAGACUAUAUAUUAUGGAAACGAAUUGUUUCCCUUAGGAUUACAACAGUGGAGUGAAAAGAUGAUACAAGAGAGGAAUCUAUAUGACUACGACACAAAUGUUUGCAAUGGAUCCUGUGAUAGAUACAAAACGUUAAUAUGGGCUGAAACUACUACAGUCGGUUGUUCCAUAUCCAAGUGUGAAAGAAACGGUUCUGUAUCUGUUAUCAUUUGUAAUUUUUAUCCAGCGGGGACGAUGGGCCCGUUGUUCCCACUGUCGGUAUGGAAAAACCCACAAUGGAUAUCAUUAGAAAGGAUAACAGAUUUAAGUCAGAGGCCAUACAAGAGAGGCAAUCCUUGUGAAGAAUGCGAGAAUAAAGAGAAAUGUCAUUCCAAAUUAUGUGUAACAAGGGAUGUCCAAGUACCAAAUGAAAUUGCUUCAUGUUCUGGAAAAUCAGGAACUAAUGGAAACGUUGGCUACAAAAUCUCAUCUUACUUUUUUCUGUUGUUAAUUAUUGAAGCGUUACAAAAUUACCCUAUUAUUGGACUUUCUUGAUGCUUAUACGUUGCUUGUAUACUGUAUUCAUGGCUAAAGAAAGUAAUACAAGCAUUCAUCAUGUCCAAGUUAAUUUCAUUUUCAGUUAUAGUCCAGCAACGACCGAGUGGAUAGAAACACUAAACAAUGGGUUCCCACAUGAACAACGAACAGGCCGAACGGGGUUCUCCUGGUUUACUUUACAUGUUAUUAAUUUAAAUAAACACCAACUCCCAUAAAAAGGCCAAAUAAAGAUUUCGUUGGUUUCUCCUAUCAAUCCAAGACGUUUUUAGUUAUAAAAAUUUUAACAAUAGUAAUUAAAAAUCAAUAUUUAGAAGUACGAGUAAAUGUUAAUCAUCAAAAUGACUGAAUAUAUUAUUUAGAAACUUUGGAAUUUUGGAACUAUUACGAUUAAUCAAAUGGGUCGGCCAUGUUGAGUUUUAACGUGACUAAUUGAUUGCACAAUAUUCACUAUUGAGCUAUUGUUACAAUAACUUGGAAAUUAGUACAGUACGUGAAAACCAGAGUAUAGCAAACUGGAAUUAUUUAGCCAUAGAAUUUGUCACAAAUAAUUAGAAUUUUGUUUCCUAUUUGUAAAAAUUCGAUACACAUAAUUCAAUUGAUGAAACCUGGCGAUGUAACACUUGAGAUAUCUAUCAAGUGUUACAUCGCCAGGAAGACUUUUUAUGAAAAAUUGACCUUAUAUUAGACGCUAGACACGAAGAAAAUCUGGAAAAUUACAUGAAGCCUGCUCGUUGGUCAGACUCACCCCCGCGACUAAUUAAUUAAUUAUUAAUUAAUUGUACAGUGUUUUUAUCCACUUCGCCAUUGCCAUCAGCGUCUAUAUAACACGGUCAUUUCGCUGAUUCGUGACCUCAUCAAGAGAAGAUUGACCACUUUGUACAAACUUUUUAGUUUCAUCUGGAAUGAAUAAAAAAUAUUAAAUAAUA